AUGAAAGCUACAGGCAUCCUGCAGUCCAUCCACCAAGUCUACAUCGUGUUGCUGAAAUUGCCAAAAGCUUGAAUCUUGAUUUGUCAGAUGAAGAACUCAAACAGUACACAGAUGCGAUGGCAGCAGCCACAGCCAAUCACAAAAAACUCUAUGAUUUAGUGGAGCCCAAGCUUCCGGUAAAAUAUCCGCGCACRCCUGGGUACAAGCCGCAGAAGCAYGAAAACCYGCUUAAYGCAUGGUACUGGAAAUGUGACAUCAGUGGAGCGUCCAGUGGAAAACUCUAUGGUAAAACCAUAGCCAUAAAAGAUAGCAUCCCCGUGGCUGGUGUUCCUAUGAUGAAUGGAUCUUUGAUKCUAGAAGGUUUCAUCCCAGAUAUCGAUGCCACUAUUGUAACGCGAGUACUUGAACAAGGGGGACAGAUACUUGGAAAAGCAACUUGUGAGAGUCUCUGUUGUAGUUGUGCAGGUUUUACCUCAGCUACUGGUCCAGUGCUAAAUCCAGUUGAUCCAAGUAGAAUGUGUGGAGGAUCUUCUACAGGGUGUGGUUCAUUGGUUGCUAACAGUGAAGUUGACAUGGCUCUUGGAGGUGAUCAGGGAGGAUCCAUACGUAUACCAGCAGCUACUUGUGGAAUUGUGGGAUUGAAGCCAACAUAUGGACUAGUACCUUAUACAGGGAUUUCAUCGAUAGAUUUGACACUGGAUCAUACAGGACCAAUGGCAAGGACAGUUUAUGAUACAGCAUUAUUAUUAGAGUCAAUUGCAGGUUUGGAUGGAGAGGGUUUAGAUCCAAGGCAACCCACUGAAUUAAAAGUACCAGAGUAUGCAAAACAGCUAAAUGAUGAUAUCAAAGGUCUUCGUAUUGGUCUCGUCAAAGAAGGUUUUAAUCCCGAGUAUGGCUCUGACGUAAACAAUCUGGUCAGAAAAUCAGCAGAACGCUUCGUUGAAAUUGGUGCAGUAGUUGAGGAGGUAUCAGUACCGUGGCACAAUAAUGCACGAUAUAUCACUGCAGCAUUAUAUCCAGAGGCGAUGUUUGGAGGGCAUAAUGGUGUGUCUGGAACGAGUGCUCUCAUGUACUACGACACCCAUCUACAGCAAGCAACUGCUCGAGGAAUGAAAGCACACCCCAAUGAUCACUCCGUCACGGCAACAUUUUUGCGUCUUACUGGAAGAUAUAUGCGUGAAGACUACAAUGGGAUAUUCUACAGCAAGGCACAGAAUUUACGACGAGAAUUGAAAAGAGCAUACAAUGAGGCCUUGCAGAAAUACCAUGUGCUGAUCAUGCCAACGUGCCCAGUGUCUCAACUUCCUCCUUCACGACAUAGCAAAUUAACUGAAUUGGUCCAAAAGGCUUUUCAAAWGUCUGGUAAUACAAGAGCAUUUAAUCUGACUGGCCACCCUGCUCUCACCAUCAAUGCUGGUCUGUCUGAAGAUCGACUACCCGUAGGUAUGAUGAUAAUUGGUCAAUGGUUUGAUGAGUGUACGGUGCUCAAUGUGGCCUACGCCUACGAAAAGCUGCGAGAUAAUAGCAAAUGACAACAAACAUCGAUAGUGAACAUUGGUGCCAAAACUGAUUACCAGAAAAUUAUACAAAUGAAGGCCCAGAAAAGUUGUCCUUAGUUUAGCAGCCAUAUAUGGUAAUCUUACCUUAUUUGGAAGUACGAUAUGAAUGGUUUUUGGCGAUUUUCUCGACUUUUAAAGUAUGAAAUCGUCUGAAACUUGCAGAUAUUAUAGCGAAAACAUUCUCAACAAUCGGCCAUUUUGUUUGUCUCCAUAUAUGGCAUGGUUUCGAUAAAGGAAGCCCAAACAUAAUAAUAUAUGUAAGCUUCUAUAGCGCUUCUAUAGCUCUAAGCGCUCUAAAUAAAAGCUGAAAAUAAAAGUAAAAGUAGAGAUUGAAAAAGAAAUAUAGAUAGUUAAAGAUCAUAAUUUGUUUUUUAUAUUGCAAAAAGUAACACUGUAAAGCGAAAAAUAAUAAAYUUUUGAAUUAACUGAC